AUGGGUCCACUCCUCUUUCCGGAAACCAAUCUUUCACCUACUUUGCUCAAACCUCACGACCACCAAUCCAUUGCUUCCAAACCUCACAAAUCUUUUGCUGAAGCACUAGGAAAUGUUUGCAACAUCCCUUUUAGUCAACUUCUCAUUCCCUGUGUCAAAGAAGAUAUAAUCUCCAUAGCUAUACCUGAAGAUGAAUAUCAAUUGGGCCUUGACGCGUGCAAGCACAACUUACAUGGUAGAAUGAUCUGGUCCAAAGGAAUCACUCCUCUCACUGUCCAACAAAUUCGAACCAAACUUUCCAACCUCUUGAGCUCUAUGGAUAAAUGGGGUAUCACUUUCCUAGGUAAGGGGUUCUAUGAAUUUACUUUCUCUUCCUUGAAAGAUGUUAGAAGAGUCUGA